GCCCCCGCGCAUUGCCCUGUAAGGCCCUCGAGGGUCUGAAGACGCAGCGGGUGUCACCUCAGCGGGGUGGGGCGGGGCAACUGAGCGGAGCCCGGGUCCCGGUCCUCUGAACGUAGUGAAGGCGCUGCAGGGAGCGGGGCUGGACAAGGCUCCGAGAAAAGUUUGGAUGUUAACAUUCCCUUCUACUCCAGCCUGCCUUUAAGCGCUCACAAGAAGGGAAGGAAUAAAUUGCCGCUGCCUGUUUAAAAGGAAUGAUGGCCAGGUGAAUGGCUCAGUGGGUAGAGGAGUUUGCUGUCCAGCCUGAGGACUUGAGUUUGAUCCAGUUUCUUCCACAUCAUGGCAGAAAACAGACUCCUGCAAGUUGUCCUCCGACUUCCACACGUGUGCCGUGGCAACCAUAUAGCCUCUCCCACAUAUUACAUCAUACACAGGAAUAAAUGAAUCUCUGACCUCAGUGGACUCUGCUUCUUCUGAGAAAUAAACUCCAAAGAAGACGGAGCGGUUGCUGAGUUUCUGAACCAUGGCCCGUACAGACUGACACAUGCAAAGUAUAUAGCAGCUGAAAGCCAUGGCUCCUGACCAUGAUUCCUGUCAGAAAAACAGAGGAGAGAGGAUGGCAACAGGAUCCUCUUGGACACAUUAGAACCUUGCUUCGGGACCCCCAUUUCUUCUAUCUUAUAACCUCAGCUCGAGCUGCUCUGCUCACUAUACGGCCCACUUCUGAGCCAUGGCGGUGUCGGUGAUGUUCAGCGAUGUGUCCGUAGUCUUCUCGAAGGAGGAGUGGGACUGCCUGGACUUAGACCAGAGGACUCUGUACAGGGAUGUGAUGAUGGAGAAUUACCACAAUGUGCUCUCACUAGCAGGAUGCUUCAUUUCUAAGCCAGAUGUGAUUUCCUUGCUGGAGCAAGGGAAAGAGCCCUGGAAAAGAAGACGGUGUCCGGAUUCGGGAGUGAAGGAUGAGACCCACCAGUUGUUCUCAGAGAAUGGUGUUUAUGCAGUGAGUUUAUCCCAGUGGAAGAUAAUGGAAAGAAUCGGGAACAGUGGCCUGAAGAGCCUCUUGUUAAAACAUGAGUGGGCGUCAAGAAGAAGACAGGAAAGACAAGAGGGUUCUCGGGAGGGCUAUCUCAGUCAGGUGAAACACACAUCCGAAAGAGUGUCCUCGUCCGAAAAGUGCACAUUGACUACACGGCAGAGGAUCCCUUCUGUGGAGAAACCCUAUGAGUGCGACGCCUGUGGGAAGGCGUUUCGAGUCCGCCAACAGCUCACUUUUCACCACAGAAUCCACACCGGCGAGAAGCCCUAUGAGUGUAAGGAGUGCGGGAUGGCCUUCAGGCAGACCGCACACCUCACCAGGCACCAGAGGCUGCAUUCCGGUGAAAAACUGUAUGAAUGUAAGGAGUGUGGGCAGGCUUUCAUAUAUGGCCCAGACCUCAGAGCGCACCAGAAGCUUCACACCGGCGAGAAGCCCUACGCAUGUAAAGAGUGCGGGAAGGCCUUCAGGGUACGGGGACAGCUCACUCUCCACCAGCGCAUCCACACUGGGGAGAAGCCCUACGUGUGUAAGGAGUGUGGGAAGGCCUUCAGGCAGUACGCGCACCUCACCCGACAUCAGAAGCUUAACGUGGCCGACAGACUCUAUGCGUGCAAAGAGUGUGGGAAAGACUUUUUGUGUGGCUCUGGCCUUAGAGUUCAUCACAAACUUCACACUGGGGAGAAGCCCUAUGAAUGCAAGGACUGUGGGAAGGCGUUUAGAGUUCGACAACAGCUAACACUGCACCAGAGGAUUCAUACCGGGGAGAAGCCCUAUGAAUGUAACGAGUGCGGGAAGACCUUCAGCCGGGGCUACCAUCUAAUUCUCCAUCACAGAAUCCAUACUGGAGAAAAGCCUUACGAGUGCAAGGAGUGCUGGAAGGCCUUCAGCCGGUACUCCCAGCUUAUUUCUCAUCAGAGCAUUCAUAUUGGGGUCAAACCCUAUGACUGUAAAGAAUGUGGGAAAGCCUUCAGACUGCUCUCACAGCUCACACAGCAUCAGAGUAUCCACGCUGGGGAGAAGCCCUACACAUGUAAGGAAUGCGGGAAGUCUUUUAGAUUGCGUCAGAAACUUACCCUACACCAGAGCAUCCAUACUGGUGAGAAGCCCUUCGAGUGUAAGGAGUGUAGGAAGGCCUUUCGACUCAAUUCCUCUCUUAUCCAACAUCUGAGAAUCCAUUCUGGCGAGAAACCCUAUGAGUGUAAGGAGUGUAAAAAGGCCUUCAGACAGCACUCACACCUCACCCAUCAUCUGAAGGUUCAUAGUGUCCAAGUGUAACAAAGUCUUAGCAGUCUCCUAGAACAUUCUGUGAGUGUUCACACUGUAACUGACCUGGCACAAGCAGUUUUAGAUCAUGAAAGGAAUAUGUCAAUGUAAUGAGUGCCACUGUGCUCCAGUCUGCUCUCCACCACCAUGCUUCAGUGUGCUUCUUCUACGGUCCUGUGUGUGGACAAAUGCGGGGAAAAUGACCCCUGUUCCUUCACUUCAGUUAGGUUAAAGCACUCAGACGCUCUGCUCUGUAGUUUCCCUCAUUUGUGAAGUGCUGAUCCAAGACUGGGAACAAAUGGCUGCAAGUUCUAAACUCCAUCAAGUUGCGCAGCCCUCAUCCUUUCCUUGGACCACGGCCAGAUGCAGCUCUGCCCAGGGGAACAUAGUAGCAGCAUUCCAGGACCCCUGUCAGGGCCCAGGCUUCACCGUUAGGGCUGCCUCAUCUCAGAAUAUCCUCUCGAGUCCUGAACUGUGGAUUUGAAAAUCUGGCUGAAGAGACCAUGUGGAGAGGCCAUGGGGACUAUACAGGUAGGCAGAGGCCUUCACUGAAACCCACUUCUGUGUAUGCUCAUGAGACUAGUCACUGGACUGGAAUAGUUUUGGAUCUUCUCGAACAGCCACCAACUGAAUGCCACUGAGUGACUUCAGCUGACAUCACGCAGAACAGAAAAAUCAGCUGGCCACAUGAUCAUAAAAUAAUAUAUGCUCACUGUUGAAAGAUAUUAAAUUUAUGAUAAAGACUUACUAUUUAUUACUCUUUAGAAUUCAUGUAAGUGAUUCCAGGUAUGAUGACUAUAGAAAUGCCUUCCAAAGUUUAUCUCUCCUUGAACUUUAGCUGUAUGAACCUGGUUUAAAGUGUUUGCUUUUGUCGUUUUAUGGGGUCUUACUGUGUAACCCACACUAGGCUGAGACUUGCCGUUGAACUCGGACCUUGAGCUCCAGGUCCUCCUACCUCAGUCUCCAGAAUGCUGGAGUUCUAGGUUCGCCUCAUCACUUCCAGUGUGUGUGUGGCUGUGCUUGUGUUUGUAUUGUGCUGUGAUGGUACAGGACUGAGGAUUGAACCCAGGGCCUUGCAGUGAAUAUUCCCCUAGUCCACUCAUUAGAAUAUUCAGUGUGAAAUUCUUUGCAAUUUGCCAAUAAAACAGUCUAUUUUCUGCAGUUCCAGUCAAUAUUUAGUAAAGACAGCAUAAAAAAAGCUAAUCAUCUAUGAUAAUUCCUAUUUUUUAAAAAUAUCACUGUAUUGUAGCAUUUUUUAAUGCACCAAAUUAUCCUAUUUUAGCUAAUGGGGAUCCCCUGUGCUCACCCCUUUGUCCUCUCAUUGUGACCACCAUAGCCAUUUAAGAGCUGUUCCCUCUGCCUUCUUUUUCUUCCUUUUCUCAAAUGGAUUGAUCUGCUACAAAGCAUACUAGGACAUAGUUGAUAAAGGAAGAAUGGAAUAUGUAUCCUCUCAUUUCAUAACAACCAUUGUCAAUGAAAACUUCCUUAUUAGAAAAUUCUAAGGCUCAGGACAUCAUGGUGCCACCUUUAAUCCCAGUACUCUAGAGCCAGAGGCUGGUGCAUCUCUGAGUUCCAGGCCAGCCAGGGCUGCAGAGUGAGUUCCAGGAUAGCCAGGGCUGCACAGAGAAACCUUGUCUUGAAACACUCAAAAAGAAAAGAAGAGGAGAAGGAGGUGGAGGAGGAGGAGGAGGAAGAGGAGGAAGAAGAGGAGGAAGAAGAGGAAAAAGAAGAGGAAGAGGAAGAGGAGGGAAGAAAAUUCUAGCCACCAGUGAUUAAGUGAUAGAAUUUGAAGUUAUAUAUUUUUAUGGGCAGGAGGGAGUUAAGUUUGGUUUUCCUCCUCUCUCACCCUCUCCUCAUCCAAGACCUGCCUCACACUUAACUUCCUAGCAGAGGAUAUUCUGGGACAGGUCUGAUGCUCUCGCCUCUACUUGCCAAGGGCUGGGGUCUCAGCUGUGCGCGGUCACAAAGGCUUAUCUGCCCAGAUGUCUGGAAGUGUUCUAGAGAACUGUACUCCUUACUUCAUGGCACAGAAAGAAAAUGCUGUUGCCAAACAACCCUAGAUACUGUGUAUCCUCGGAUCCCAUGGGUUAUUAAAAGGACAGCAGAAAAGGUUUCUCUUUAUCUAAAUCAGUGUGUCUCAGGCCGCACCACGGAACUCCCUUUUGCAUUACCUGUUAAAGGUGAGGCGCUGUGCAGACCAGGCUGUAACCAAAACGCAAGGAUGGGAACCGCAGCAUGGCAGCCGGGGUUUGUCACUGUAUGACAAAGAAAGCAUCUGUCAUAUGCAAACAGGCGCUUGCUCCUUUGGAACGAAAAUGGUUAUUUUUAGGGGAUGCAGAACAGCUCGGUGGUAAAGGGCAGGCAAAAGGCCCUGGGCCCCACCCCAAUUCUGAAACAAAUCCCAAACAACUCAAAAUGUGAUUUUUUUUCAAUCAGAAAAUUACUUGCCCUUUCUAUAUGUACAUCUAUUUAGACCUGUAUAUUUUCAUUUUCCCUUUUGUGUAUGUGGUGUGCAUGUAUGUGUUUGCAUGUUUUGUAUGUGUGAGAAUUUCUGUGCAUGUGGAAGCCUAAGGUUGAUUUUGGGGAAUCAUCUUCAAUGGCUUUUCCACUUUAUUCAAUGAGGCCAGGUGGCUCAGUCAGACCCGGGCUCACCAGUGUGGCUGUUCUAGCAAGCCAGCUUGCUCUAGGUGUCCUCUGUCUCUGCCUUUCAAAUCUGAAAUUACGGGUGGGUCCGCCAUGCCCACCCAGCCUCUAUGUAGGUUCUAGGGAUCUGAAUUCCAGUUUUUAAGCCUUCCAGUUUUUAAGCCUGUGUGGCAAGUAAUAAACCUCGGAGCCAUCUCCACGACCCUAAACUACUUAUUGAUCAAUGCUGUAUAUAAUCACGGAAAAAUGUCUUAUUAAAUAUCAGUAUGUUUCUUA